AUGACUGCACAAGCACGGGAUUCGAAAGCGCAUUACUCCCUACCGUUUGAUCGGAUGAUUUCCACUUCCGCGUCAAGCUUCAUCGACGCGAGGAUAAGCCUUCGCCUCACCAGCCAAGCAUCCUCGCAAAACGCUGCUGCCUACGGUGCUGGCAACGCAAUAUCGGACGAACAUGGGAGGCGCAUUGGACGAUAG